CUUUUACACUUAGCCCUGAAAUGAUGGAGUUUUGGGGUUUGAUUUAAUUUUCUUAUUUGUGCACUUGAGCUGAGAUUUGCUUUCUCCUUCUCAACAGUAGUGAAUGUUUGUUUGGUGUUUGAAUCAAAGGCGAGUAUGUCACCUACACAGAUAAUCCUGAAGUCCUUCAUUACUGCAUCAUUCCUUUUUGUCUUCCUUGGACCUGUAACUGCUUGUCUGUCACGUCGAUGCCUGGCUAACGAGCUCAUUAACAAAAACCUCUACAGUGCACCACAGUCUCUGGGGUGUGUUAUUAAUGUGAACCUCACCUCCAUCCAGUACAAGACACUGUCUGUUAAUACCAAAACUUUGCAGUUCUCUAGCCGCAUCAAAAUUACUAUGGAGUGGACUGACCCAGACCUUAAAUGGUCAGAUACAAAUUACACAUUUAACGAAAUCAUGUUGCCUGUGAAGAAAAUAUGGACUCCUGAUCUCAUUGUGGAGAAUGCUAUAUAUUUGAACAUAAAACCUGCUACUAAUGAUGUAGUGGUGAAAAGAGAUGGCACUGUGAACUACGUCAUUGCCAUGUACACCACGGUUCUGUGCAGAAUCAACCUCCUCACCUAUCCCUUUUCUGAGGGCUCUUGUCCUGUGGCCAUCAACGGAUGGAACCAAAGCUCUUGUGCGCUGCAGAUCCAGUACGGCUCAGUAUCUAUACAGGGAGGUGGUGGAACUGAAUGGAGCACUGUGUCAGUGAACCUCCAAAAUGACACCAAGACAAAGAACCACAACUAUAUCUAUGUCACUAUAUCCAGCAACCCUUUUAAAGCAAUGGUGUCACUGAUCCUGCCCAGUGCGCUAAUCAUGAUCGCUGAUCUGGUGAGUUUUGCCUUGCCACUGGACGGGGGAAAACGCAGCUCCUUCAAAAUCACACUGGUGCUCAGCUUCACCAUGUUCCUUCUCAUUCUCACUGACUACCUUCCUAACACUGGAACAUGCAGCCCUCUGAUACGUUAUCACUUCUGCUUCUGCAUGUUUGUUCUGGUGAUGAGUAUGCUGAUAUCCAUGGUGUUCACAAAGGUUGCAACGGAGGGCAACAUUCUGUGUUCCAAACUUCCAAAGCUGAGUAAACCAGAUCAAACAGGAACGCAGUUUCUUGACAUGAUUGCAGAUGCGCAGUCUCUUAGGAAGAUUGUGAAUUUUGUGGAGAAGAUGGAUAAAAAGGAAGGCGAGAUAAAGAAAAAGCAAAUGCUGGCAGCCAAGUUGGACAAAAUCAGUUUUUGGGCAUAUGUGAGCCUUGAUGUCAUUUAUAGUAUCUGUGUGAUAGCUUUUACGACAACAGAUUCUUGCAAUGUUGACAACUUGAAUUUCUGCACUGAGAAGAACUGGAACCAAGCAGGAGUGUUAAGAAACAUGGUGUCAGCCAAGAGGAUCCUGAAGUGUUUCAGCAUCGUUUAUUAUUUACUGGUGUGCUCCAACUUAAUGGUUGGAUCUUUGGCAACUUGUAUCACACGUCGAUGCCUGGCUAGCAAGCUGGUUGCACUGGAGCUUUUCAGUCCUCCGAUGCCUCUGGAAUGUGCUGUUACAGUCAAUCUCACAUCCAUUCAAUAUGAGACCCUGUCUGUGGAUACUAAAGCCUUGCGAUUCUCAAGUCGCAUUAGAAUUGACAUGGAAUGGAAUGACCCAGACCUUGCAUGGACUGAUACAGCGUACAAUUUUUCAGAAAUUAUGCUGCCAGUUGACACAAUCUGGACUCCUGAUCUAACUGUAGAUAACUCAGUCAAAACAGAAGUGAAACCUGUCUCUACUGAUAUCCUGGUGAAACGUGACGGCACCGUGCAACAUGCUAUCCAAAUGUACAUUACCGUGGUUUGCGGAAUCAACCUUUUUAACUACCCUUUCGUAGAAGAUGCAUGCCCAGUAGCGCUUAAUGGAUGGAAAGAAAACAGUUGUGGCUUACGUUUUAUAUAUGGGUCCGUAUCUUCAGUGGGAGCGAGUCGAGGUGAAUGGAUGACUGAAUCAGUGGUGCUAAACCAGGACAAGCAAAACCAGGACCGCAACUAUCUCUAUGUCACGAUGUCCACCAAUCCAUUCAACACAAUAGUGACGCUCAUUCUCCCCAGUGUGCUCAUCAUGUUAGCUGAUCUGGGGAGUUUUGCUCUGCCCCUGGAGGGUGGAAAGCGCAGCUCUUUUAAAAUCACUCUGGUGCUCAGCUUUACCAUGUCCUUGCUCCUUCUAACUGAACAUCUGCCUGACACUGGGCUUUGCAGUCCCCUGAUCCGCUAUCACUUUUGUUUCUGCUUGAUCAUUUUGGGUUUGAGCUUGCUGGCAUCCAUGGUGUUCUCAAGAUUUGCGGAAAGUGGCACCAUCUUGCCCUGCUGGCGCUCAAAAAAACAGGAAUUAUGCGGCAAAGAUGAGAUAAAAAAGGAUAUAAACCUGAAUGGCGUGUCUACAAUUUCAGAUGAUGUGACUGCCAAGGAUGCUUCAAUCCAGAAAAUUUUGAAUUUCGUGGAGAACAUAGAGAGGACAAAUAAAGAGGCAAAGAAGAGACAAGAAUAUGCAAGUCAGUUUGACAGAGCUUGCUUCUGGGGCUACCUUUGCCUUGACAUUCUUUAUGGCAUUUGUAUAAUUGCUAUCACUCGAACAGAAUUUUGUAAAAUUAACAAUCUGGAUUUUUGGAUUUAAUAUAUCUAAUGAAUGAAUUCAUAAAGAGUUACAAACAAUAAAUAACAGAACAAGGAUUUGGGGAAGUUAGGAAGUAUGACUUUCAAUCUUGAUCUCUAAUGAAUUUAAAUUCAUGUUUAAAGCAACAUUAACAUGUCCUAAUAGAGACUUUUCAGUUUCUUUGGUUUCUAAGUGCCUGAAUAUAGAGCUGUAGUCUUUGUUGAAGCAAGUCAACUAGCUACUAGCCUUUUUAUUGAUAUUACCAUAUACACAUAAUUCAUUCAUGCUAAAUGUAUAACUAACCAUGCUGUUUCUUGUAUCUUCUAGUAGUAAGUAAAGUAACUUAAAUGUGUCAAUGAAUAUGUAAAGCUAAACCUUACACAUAUUCAAGGAAAUACUGUAUAACAUGGAUAUUACCAUAUGUGUAUAUAUAAAAUUUCUUUGCUAAAUGCUCACAACCUU